AUGCCUCAACCAUUCAUGGAUGCACAACCUCAACAAACUGCUGCUGAUGCUAUUCCAGAACCUUCAACGAUCACUUCAGAAUUUUGCCCUGACGCCUGUAAACCACUAUGUGCCCCAUCAUGCGUACAAGAGUAUUUGCUAGGACGACAACAAUCAAGCAACCCCUUGAUGUACGACGUAUCACAGCCAUCCACUAUUCCAAUCGCACAAUCCGAAUCGAUGCAAACAAUUCUUCGCCCCAUUGACGUGUCCAUUCCACAACCAUCGGAAAUUGCCCAGUGUGAGCCGAUCUGUCGAGAACGAUGCAUGCCAAGCUGUGCCCAACAACCAACACCCAAUUCUUGUCAAUCGCAAUGUCAAAUUGUCUGUACCAAUACCUGUAUGAACACUUUUUCCGAGGCUGCUACCCAACCACAACCGCAACCACAACCACAACAACCGCAAUUCUCGCCCGAAAUAUUACCUCAACAAUUUCCUCAGCUCCAACAACCACAACAACAACAACCGAUCCCUACAAUGCCAAAGACUGUCGUUCCACAACCUCGAUUUGAACCGUCCGAAGAACCGCUACAAGAAUUCCCCGCAUUCCAAUCACAGUCCCGACAAGAGCAAAACACUAUCUCCUCGCAAACUGUUCAAUCACAGUCAUUCAAUUCACCUCGAUUCACAAUUCCUGAGCAGCCACAAUUCCCCACAUCUUUGCAACAAUCACCA